AUGGCGAGAAUCCGCAUUGGUUCUGAGCAUGCGCAAAACUCGCACAAAGCGGCAUCUUGUCCUCAACUUUCAGACGCCGCAGUGGUGAAGGACGCGUCCGUCAUUCACCUCUCGUUCACCUCCAGGUUGGAACCCCGGGAGGAACUGGGAGCCCGACGGACCUGCAGCCCCGGGGCCCUGCCGCCAGAUUUCCGGAGCCACACUGGGCUGCCUGCCUGCCUGGUCGCCUGCCGGCUCUCCCCCGUGGCCGUGGCCGAUGAGGGCCUACGGGAGUACUUCGGCCAAUUCGGGGAAGUGAAGGAGUGUCUGGUGAUGCGGGACCCACUGACCAAGAGAUCCAGGGGGUUUGGCUUCGUCACUUUCGUGGACCAGGCGGGGGUGGAUAAGGUCCUGGCCCAAUCCAGGCAUGAGCUGGACUCCAAAACGAUCGACCCCAAGGUGGCAUUCCCUCGUCGAGCACAACCCAAGAUGGUGACUCGGACCAAGAAGAUCUUUGUAGGGGGGCUGUCGGUGAACACCACAGUGGAAGAUGUGAAACAGUAUUUUGAGCAGUUUGGGAAGGUGGAUGAUGCCAUGCUAAUGUUUGACAAAACCACCAAUCGCCACCGAGGGUUCGGGUUCGUCACGUUUGAGAGUGAGGACAUCGUGGAGAAGGUCUGCGAGAUUCACUUCCACGAGAUCAAUAAUAAGAUGGUAGAAUGUAAGAAAGCCCAGCCAAAGGAGGUGAUGUCGCCCACGGGCUCUGCCCGGGGGAGGUCCCGAGUCAUGCCCUACGGGAUGGACGCGUUCAUGCUGGGCAUCGGCAUGCUGGGUUAUCCAGGCUUCCAAGCAGCAACCUACGCCAGCCGGAGUUACACAGGCAUCGCGCCCGGCUAUACCUACCAGUUUCCCGAAUUCCGUGUAGAGCGGACCCCUCUCCCGAGCGCCCCCGUCCUCCCUGAGCUCACAGCAAUCCCGCUCACUGCUUAUGGGCCCAUGGCCGCCGCUGCCGCCGCCGCCGCCGUUGUCCGAGGAACAGGUUCGACCCCAAGCCGUACAGGGGGCUUCCUGGGCACCACGAGCCCCGGCCCCAUGGCCGAGCUCUAUGGGGCGGCCAACCAGGAUUCCGGGGUCAGCAGUUACAUCAGUGCCGCCAGCCCUGCCCCCAGCACUGGCUUUGGCCACAGCCUUGGGGGUCCCUUGAUUGCAACAGCUUUCACCAAUGGGUACCACUGA